AUGGAUUACACGAUGGAAGACACUCAGAACUCCGCUCCCGACGCGCUUGAGGCGUCCAAGUUGAACUCGGCGGGGCAGCGCAACGACAGCCAAAGCGUCACCAAACGCCUCCAAGCAGAGCUCAUGCAGCUGAUGCUCUCGCCUUCGCCGGGUAUCUCCGCCUUCCCGGACGCAGAUGGCAACCUUCUUUCGUGGACAGCGACAAUCACCGGACCGGCCGACACGCCCUACGACGGGCUGAAACUUAAGCUGUCGUUUGCUUUCCCGAGCAACUAUCCCUAUGCCCCGCCUACCGUGCUCUUCAAGACACCCAUCUACCACCCCAACUUCGACUUCUCCGGCCGCAUCUGCCUGGACAUCCUCAAGGACAAGUGGAGCGCUGUUUACAACGUACAGAGUGUGCUUCUCAGUCUGCAGAGCUUGCUCGGAGAGCCAAACAACGCGAGUCCCUUGAACGCCCAAGCCGCCGAGCUAUGGGACACCGACCAGGAAGAAUUCAAGCGUCACGUCCUCGCCCGACACCGCGACAUCGAAGAUAUUGAAUAA